AUGCCCCGCAUUCUUUCCAUUGAUGGCCAGCCAUCCAUUACAGAGCUGGUGUCUGCAAACACAGUCGGAUCUUCUACAGUUCUCUCCCCUCCAACGGGCAAUGCAAGUUGGUAUACGGCAGGAAGCGAUUUUUGCUUCUAUGCCGUAGCCCAACAAGCGGCCAGAGAGUCCAAGGCGAGACUGUCUAGGCUAAAAUUGACACCAGAGGAAAAACAGUUACUUGCCAUCGUGCCAUCUAGCUCUGAUGCAGUAAUAGAAAAGCUUCAUUUGAUCGUGGAUGAGCGGGAGGAGGCCCUCAAGCGCCCAAAAGCAUUCCAACGAACCAACAAGUUUUUUACAGCUUUUUGCGAAGUAGUUGGUAAGACUUCUGGGCUGGUACAGACACUGGUACCCCAGAGUCCAGAGUACACGAUUCCAUUUGGAGUUCUAAUCAUCUUGUUUAGAGCCGUAGUGACCAAGAAGGACCGGGAAGAAUCUCUUCUUAUGUAUCUCGAAGCACUCGGCUCAAAGUUGCCCCUCGUUGAGUUUUAUCGCAAUGCAUUUCCCACGAAUGCUAUGAAACUUGCCGUGGCAAAUCUAUACGCAGAGGUCACCAAACUUCUUGAUGAGGCACUGCUGUACUAUCGCAGUGGACGCCUCGGAAAGCUUGUUGAUGCAGUGUUGCAGCCAACCGAGCCAAAGUUUCAAAAGAGCAUGGACCAGAUCGAUGCGGAAGUCAAGAAGAUGCAGGACCUCAAGGAUGUGGCCCACGAGGCUCAGACUAUUGACAUCAAGGACACGGUGACAGGGAACGCUAAAGCAAUAUCUAGACUGCACGAGAACUUCGAAAAGGCAACAAUUGCUAUCGGUAUCAGCAUGGAACUUAUCAGUGAGAGAAUGACUGGGCUGGAGUCCCAAGUUUCUUUUAUUGGCAAAUUCGAAAUGUUGAAAUAUGCACAGUCCUUGCAGGAAGCACUCCUUUCGUCCGUCGGCGACUUCUACUUGGAUUCCGAAUCUCUGCUACAGAGAGUCAUGUCUCAAGGAUUUCGUCUGUCACCAAUCGAUCGCUGGGAGAACAAUGGAAUUCUGGAAAACCUAGUGGCUUGGUCUCAUGGGCGCCACGGACCAUUAUUAUGGGUUGGUGGCCAGUCAGGCAAUCGAGACUCCUGGGUCACGGACUUAUCCAUGGACAUUGUACAAGCAUUCCUGCCACAAUCCAUGACGACCCUGUUUGUCUUUUGCUCGGACAUGGCAUUCAACUCUCUCCCUCCAAACCCCAUCCUUCUCGUCAAACUGCUCAUUGCUCAGCUUUUGGAGCUGCAUCCUCACAUACCCUACGAGAACCCCAUAUUCUACAGUCUGCAGAGGUUCCGCCAUGCCGCGACGUUUGACCAGGUAUGGAGGAUAUUCGAGAGUCUGAUCGGCAACUUGACUGAAGUAUUCCUGGUGAUUGACCGAGUCGAAAUGUGUAAGCCUGGUGGUCAGGCCAGCCUCACUGGCGACCUCCUGCCUGCCCUGGCGAGAUUGCUAGCAGAGACUAGCGGCCGGAGGGCGAUACUGACAAGCAUAUAUAACCCCCCAGAAAACAUGAGCUACGAUGUCGCACGAACGAUUGAAAAGGUCUUUAUUGACACGGGUGGGAUGGGCGAGGAGCGAAAAUGA